CCCUAACCCUCCAAAAAGGACCAAAAAAAGGGGACGACCACAACAAAAUUCUAACCCAGCCAACUCCGUGGUUGGCGACACAACAAAAGUCCAAACAUGCAGUUGUCUUGACUAAUCCAUCAUGACAAGCAGCAUUCCAUUUGUACGGCUGAGGGGCCACCUUGGAUCGGUGCUGUGCCUGGAUCAUCAUGAUGAAAGGAGUCAAGAAAGUAAUUUUGUGGGGGGUUGUUUGUUGAGUGGUUCCGAAGAUGGUACUGCGCGACUGUGGGAUUUGAGACAAUCCAAAGCGGUUUCCUGCAUCAAGGCGGGUGGUAACGACGACGACGAAGUAUCUUCCGUGUGCUUUGGUGUGCCACCCCACAAAAAAGAAGAAGAAUCCACAGGGGAAGAUCCAUCGCCGUUUGCUCGCAAUUUUACAGUUUACUUGAGCGUGGGAACCAAGCUACUGUCUUUUGAUCUUCGAAAAGCGUCGUCUCCCAUUGUUCCAUACGAAGCAGGAUCUCUGCUGUUGCAAGCCAGUGACGAUAUCAAUCAAAUUUCCGUCUGUGAAAAACGAAAUACAUCCUAUUUGGCGUCGGCCGAUGAUGCCGGGGCGGUGCAAGUCAUCGAGAAUAAUAAUAAAAACAACAACUCACAACAAAAGCCAUCCAAAAAGUCCAAAAAGAAUGGAGCUACCAAAAAGACAUCCAGAACAACGACAACUCGCAUCUUGCAACACAGUCAGGACGCCUUAGUGACGGCAGCCGUAUUUCGACCAGGUGCCAAUAGUAAAACGCUCGAAUUGGCCAGUGGGGGGACCGAUUGUCGGGUCUGUCUGUGGGACGUACAAACGCCAAAACGCCCCUUGUGUGAGCAGGCGAUUGGACACGACGAACAAUCCGACAGCAACAAUCAACUCUGCAAUCCACCCAUGGUACAUUCCUUGGCAUGGGCUCCCAGUGGACGACUCUUGGCGGCCGGAUUGGGCGAUGGAUCGGCACUGGUCAUGCAAGUCGAAAAUAGAUCCUUGGUUCAUGUCGCACGCUUGCGAGACAAAACUGAUGCGGCCGUGGCGGCCGUGAUCUUUCCAGCAACGACCGAUCGACUCUUGACUGUCAUUCGAAACGAUGCCAUGAUGCAUUUUUGGGAUUUGGGAGUUACCGUGGCAGGAGAACAAGCCGAAGAUCCAUCGUGGAUCGUACCAUCCAACAACAACAACAACAACCACCAUACUGAUUCAGCCAAACCAAAGGAUACCAAGAAUAGUCUUCCACAAGCCAUGCAAGACCUUUCUUUGGAUCAACCAUCCUUACUCUUCAAAAUACCACACCAGAAUAAACCAAAUUGGAUGGUCAGCUCGUGUUCGAGCGCUACUGGACACGACAACAAAGACAAAAACAAGGACAUUCCAUGCUCCAUUUUUGUGGCAGACACUACCAAUGACAUUACGGCAUACACUUUGCGGUAACACAAACAAAUAGAAUUAUUAAAGAGUGAAACAAAUGUGCUAAAGACAAUCUACAAACUAUUGUAACUAUGCAUAGCAACUGUACGGCAGGUGAGCGAACUUCUCGGCUUUCUCUCAAUGGACCGACGAAGGGUACCGGAGAGUUUUUCGGAGUGAUUUCGUUACGAUUUUAUCAAGUAAUAAAAUUUGACCCAGUUGCAAAGCGGGCAC